CACAAACGUGAUGUCCAAAAAAUGUCAAAAAGUUCCCGAACAACAGAAAGUUCCAUUUCUAUUCGAUUCAAGUUCCCUUCAUCACAAUUUUCCCCAACCACGAAACGCGAUCCGUUGAAUGGCGUCUCCGGUACUGGCGAAGGCGGCGGCGAAGGUGGGUUCGGCAGCCCGCCGGCAAGCCUUCACGCUAACGGAAGCCGCUGCGGACAGAAUACGACAACUCCUUCACAAUCGCCAACGCGCCUUUCUCAAGCUCGGUGUCAAAGCUCGCGGCUGCAAUGGCUUAUCCUACACCCUCAAUUACGCAGUUUCAAAAGCUUGCGUUCAACUUCAGAUUUAUGUGAAUCGUUAAACCUAGUUCUUCCGAAAUCACACAUAAUUUUGUCCCUGAAAGAUGAGAAAAUCAUAACCAGAAUCAGAGGGUAUGAAAAAGGAAAGUUUGAUGAACUGGUUGAAGACAAAGGUGUGAAGAUUGUGAUUGAUCCAAAAGCUCUGAUGCAUGUUAUCGGAACAAAAAUGGACUUUGUAGAUGACAAGUUGAGGUCAGAGUUUGUAUUUAUCAACCCUAACUCAAAGGGACAAUGUGGGUGUGGUGAAUCUUUCAUGACAUAGAGAAAGAGAGAGAGGCAUGUAAAAGAGGGUUAUUGAAUAUUGAUAGUUGAAUGGGAGAAAGUGAACAACUCCAUUGGUUUGUAUAUUCAUUCAACAAAUUAAAACUAUACAGAUUAACCUUAUUUUGUAAUUUGUAUAUGAUAACAACAACAACACCAU